AUGGAUCUUGGCGCUUCGAUUGCUUGGCCUAAGGAUGAUCAAAUAGUUAAGCACUCGAACAAGUAUCAAACCCUGUAUUUCAUUACAAAUAUGUUCUACAAUGCUGGUAUUGCGACUAGUAUAUGCUUUAUCAUCGCAGCUAUGGUCCUACAACCACUCUUACAGACUCAAACGGACCAAAGAUCUGAACUCAGUGCCGCUUGUUUGCUGAAAAUAAGAAAAAUGGUUAGUUUCCUGGAAUUGAAGAUGCUAAAGAGUUCUGCAAGUGCCCUUGGCCACAAUGAAAGGGCCCACAUGAAUGGUUCGACUACAAUUGUUGAUCGUUGUACGCAAACAGAAGAGCUUCGAGAAUACUCAAUUGAGACCAAAACCCCCUUUGGUUGGACUAAAAUCAUAAGCCGUUUGAACUAUGCCCGUAAUUUGUUAGUCAACUCUGCAGAUGAACAGCCUGAGGGCUCAUCUAAAAACAGAUAUCUCCCAUUGCGUUUCCAGGUACAAUCUUUCAAUUCUUCACUCGCGGGUCUUGAAGGGCGCGAAAAAAAUGACAGUGAAGCUUUGAACAAAGGUAGCAUUAAGGGCAUACGUGACAUGAAAGGAUGGAUUAUAAAUGGUAGAGCUUUCUGA